AUGACACUCACACACACACAGGAGGGAAAGCUGAAGGAAUCGAUCAACAUUGGCCCGCAGGAGCAGACGCUGGAGGAGAAGACGCUCACCGUCGUCUACGGGCCAGACUUUGUCAAUGUCAGCUUCAUCAACUUCUGCACUGAUUCGAGAGACACUGCUCAACUUUGGACGAAUGAAAUACUGAAGAUGGCGUACAAUCUGAUGGCCAUCAACGCCUCGGUGUACAGGUUCCUGGAGAAGGCGCACACGAGACUGCUGCUGAUGACAGAUCGAGAUGGCCGACUGCCCGUUAAAAACGUCGUGAAGAUGUUUGCCAGCCACAAAGACGACAAAAAGAGAAUUGAAAAGGCCCUUGAAGCCUGUGAUCUACCCUCGGGAAAGGCGGACACCAUCCACCCGGAGAAGAUCAACCUGCAGAAGUUUCUCGACUUCUACAAGCACCUCAUCGUCCGCAGCGAGGUGAUGGAGAUCUUCGAGAAGAUGUGCAACAGCUGCUCCAACGCCAGCAAGAAGAAGGUGAUGAACGUCGACCAGUUCGUGGACUUCCUCAACAAGGAGCAGCGCGACCCACGGCUGAAUGAGAUCCUCUACCCGUACGCCAACCGCUCCCGGGCGCACGACCUCAUCGAGCAGUACGAGCCGUCGCGCGAGCUCGCCCAGAAGGGCCUCUUCUCCUUUGAGGGCUUUCUUCGCUGCAUCGAACUGGACUGCUGGAACGGCCGCUCCGACGACGAGCCCAUCAUCACCCACGGCUACACCGUCGUCACCGACGUGCCGCUGAAGGAGGUGCUGGAGGCGAUCUGCGAGAGCUCCUUCAAGACCUCCGAGUACCCGGUGAUUCUCUCCUUUGAGAACCACUGCAGCAGCAAGCAGCAGGCGAAGAUGGCCGCCUACUGUCGGAAGAUCUUCGGUGAGAUGCUGCUGACGGAGCCGCUGCCCGGCCACCCGCUGAAACCGGGCGUGCCGUUGCCCUCGCCGAAUCAGUUUCUGCGAAAGAUUAUCAUCAAAAACAAGAAGAAGCACUACAAGCGCAAUCGAAAGACGAAGAACAUUCCACCGACGGCUGCCACUGCCACUGCUGUCAACAUUUCCGCCCCGCUGAUGGCGGGCACGAACACGCCAAUGACCUUCGAGGACCAGAGCAGCAUCAGCACUGCCAGCACCACCACAGCCAGUGCUCCCCAGCACGUGCCCCUGACCGGGGGCGCCGCAACCGCCACCGCCACCAGCUCAGCCUCAGCCUCGGCCAACGCCUCGCCCUCCACCUACGACACUCGGCCGGAGCUGGUGACGAGCAACAGCGACGACAGCGGUCCCAGCGGCUCCAGUCAGGCGGGACCGUCCGGAGGGCUGCAGCAGCAGCUGCCCGACUCAACCGAUGAUCUCCUCCUGCUCUCCUCCUCCCCCAACACCGUGGACAGCAGCAGCAACACCACCCCGGUCAGUGACCACCACCACCACCACCAUCACCACAGCCAGCCCCAGCCUCAACCUGCCAACAUAGGCAGCAACAGCAGCAGCACCACUCCACACGCCACCACUUCGAACAUUAUUAAAAACUCCAGCUGUGAUAUCGACGACGCCGACUCUGACUCGAGUCUGGAGGACGAGGACGUCAUUGAGGAGCACUCCAUUGCCGAUCUCAGCGCCCCUGCUGCCACCGCCGUCGCAGCGGCCAGCGGCGGCGGCUCCAAAGAGCCGGAGGCCGGCUCGGAGAUGUCCGAGCUGGUCAUCUACGUGCAGCCCAUUCGAUUUCACGCAUUCGAGCUUGCGGAAAAGCGAGAUCGCAGCUUCGAGGUGUCGUCCUUUGAUGAGACGCAAAGCACCAGCCUGCUGAAGGAGCGACCGAUUGAUUUCGUAAACUACAACAAGCGGCAAAUGAGCCGAAUCUAUCCGAAGGGAACACGCGUCAAUUCGAGCAAUUACAUGCCGCAAAUUUUCUGGAAUGCAGGCUGUCAAAUGGUGGCGCUCAACUUUCAGACACUGGAUCUGGGAAUGCAGCUCAAUCUGGGCAUCUUCGAGUACAAUGGGCGCAACGGUUAUCUGCUGAAGCCUGACUUUAUGCGCCGACAGGACCGCCGCUUCGACCCCUUCACCGAGUCCACCGUCGAUGGUAUCAUCGCCGGCACGGUCUCCAUUAAGAUCAUCUCCGGGCAGUUCCUCUGCGACAAGCGCGUGGGCACCUACGUCGAGGUGGACAUGUACGGCCUGCCGGCGGACACCGUCCGUCGGAAGCGCACCCGAAUCGUGCCCGCCAACGGCCUCAACCCCAUCUACGACGAGGAACCCUUUGUCUUCAAGAAGGUCGUCCUGCCCGACCUCGCCUGCCUCCGGAUCGCCGUCUUUGAGGAGAACGGCAAGUUCAUCGGCACGCGCAUCCUCCCCGUGGUCGGCCUCCGGCCCGGCUACCGGCACAUCUCCCUGCGCAACGAGUCGCUGCAGCCGCUGACGCUGGCCACGCUCUUCGUGCACAUCACCGUGAAGGACUACGUGCCGGACGGGCUGUCAGAGCUGGCCGACGCCCUCGCCAAUCCCAUCGCCUACCAGUCGAUGGUAGAGAAGCACGCCAAGCAGCUGCUCGCGCUCACGGACGAAGCGGACGAGGCCGCUCUCAAUGCGGCACAGGACGGCGGCGGAGGCGGCGAAAGAGGCGAAAGAGGAGGGGCGGGAGGAGGUGGUGGUGGUCAUCAUCCAAAUUCGGCCACCUCCAAAGUCUCCAGCGGAAGUGGCGGACAGCCGACGACGGCGGCGGAAGCCUACCAGCAGCAGAAUCAGCAGUUCAGUCGAUCAUCACACGACCAGGACGACUCGCUGCGGCAGUACAUUCGAGAUGUGCACUCGCUCAAUGAGGGCGGCAGCGGUAAUGCCUAUGGCAGUGCUGCUGGUAGUGCUGGUGGCCAUCAUCCACACCUCACCAAGUCGGAGACGGCCAGGUCGGAGGCGCUGAAUGGCGGCGCCAGCGGCGGCUCAAAGGUCGGCUCACCCAAUCACAAGAGCUUCAGUGGCGGCGGUGGUACUGGAAGCGGCGGAGGUGGCAUGCGUCGCCAGGACACCCUCAACCGGAAGGUGACCACCUCGAUGAAGGUCUUUGACGACUACGUUCUCGAUAAGAUACCGUCGCUGCUGGAGUCGAGCGAGGCGAUCCUCAGCGCCGAGCCGCUGGAGAAGCUGCGCCAGGCGAAGGCCGUGCAGAAGAUUCUGGCGAAGCUGGAGCGGGACGUGGCCGGGCUGGCGAAGAAGUACGACAAGAGUCGGGAGAAGUGUCGGGAGAGCUACCUGGCGGAGGAGGAGAAGGCGAUGCAGGCGCUGGAGAAGCAGAAGAAGCUGGCCAGUGGAGGCUCCUCGAAGAGCAUCAAAAAGAAUGCCGAUGGAUCCAAGCGGACGAGCGUUGUUGACAUUCAGGUCUUUGAGGAUGAGUACAACAGCAAGGUGCGCGACCUGCAAAAGUCCUACUCCGACGCAGUGCUCAACCUCCUCAUUGAGCAGCACAAGGAGGAGUUCAAGCUGUUUGAGUUCAAGUACCACGAACAGCUCUCGGNGCAAAAGUCCUACUCCGACGCGGUGCUCAACCUCCUCAUUGAGCAGCACAAGGAGGAGUUCAAGCUGUUUGAGUUCAAGUACCACGAACAGCUCUCUUCGGCCUUUGACAAGGUGACGGAGGAGUCGCAGAGCGCUCAGAUUGCCACGCUGAAGACGCUGCACGACAAGGAGGUGGCCGUGCUGANCGGCCUUUGA